AUGAAUCUCUCAAAAUCCAAUUCUCAGAAGGGGUUUAGGAUACUUUAGAAGUCUUCUUUGAGCCCCAGUCAUAAAUUGUCUCCAGAGAAGUCUAAGCUCUCAUUCAAAACUCGAAAGAAUAGUGAAUUGCUGAAGUUAAUGGUUUCGCCAAAGCUAAUUACGAAUCAAACAACUUAGGAGGGAUCAUUUGCAAAGAGAGAAACUACUCUUCAGAACUCUUAGAUAUUGGAUGCGGUAUUGGUGAUCGUACAUGUUGGACAGUAGUAAUUCCGAUUCACUUUCACUCGAAACAUCACUACAACCUAAAUGCGCGCUGCCCUCUUGUAAAAGCUAAAAUUGAAGAUUGUGGCAUUUACAACUAUUGAUCACAACAUUCUCAUCGAUUACUACCUGACCCUUGAAGAACGACCCAUCAUUUGGCCUGAAUUGUAAUUGGAAUGUCAAGAACCCGUAUUAACAGGUCAGCAUGUUUCGCUUAAGGAUUUUCAAAUUUUGAAAUGCAUAGGGGCAGGCGGAUUUUCUAAGGUCUAUUUGGUGAGAUCCAAAAUAAAUGGUCAUUUCUAUGCCAUGAAGCUCGUGGACAAAGAGUUCAUCAUCAAGUAUAAAAAAGCAGGUAUUUUAUCGAUGUAUAAAUCAAAGAAUUGCUCCAAAACGAAAGAGACAUCAUGGCAUUUAUCUAUCAUCCUUUUACAAUCUAAAUGCUUUUCUCCUUUGAAAGUCGGAACUUUAUAGUAUUUAUACUCGAGUUCUGUAGUGGAGGCGAACUCUUCUACUAACUCAAAACCUUGAAGAGAAUGUCAGAAGAGCAAGCCCAAUUUUACUUUGUGGAAAUCUGCAUCUGCAUGCUAUACUUGCAUCAAAUGGGAAUCAUGUAUCGUGACAUCAAACCUGAAAACAUCCUUCUCGACUUAGAUGGACAUAUUCGUAUCUCUGAUUUUGGACUCUCUAAAAUCACAAGUCCAGAUGAAUUCGCUUACAGCUUUUGCGGAUCUCCAGAGUACAUGGCUCCUGAAAUGUUACUCAAACGUGGACACACAAUACAAGUAGAUCAUUAUUGUCUUGGAGCCCUACUCUAUGAACUAGUUACAGGCCUACCUCCUUUCUAUAGCAAAAACACUCAAAAAAUCUAUGAUUCCAUACUCAACGAAUAAGUUACAUUCCCACAAUUCCUUAGUCAAGAAAUUAAAGAUCUAAUGUCUGGGUUAUUAGCUAAAGAACCUAAUAAAAGAUUAGGAGUUCGUGGUGGAGUUAGAGAAAUCCUUCAACAUAAAUGGUUUAAGAAAGUCAAUCUCACUGACAUCCUAAUGAAAAGAGUGACUCCUCCAAUCAAACCUGAUAUUUAGAAAUUGAAUUUCGAGACUAAAAACUUGCAGCAAGGAGACUUGGAAGUGAGAGAGAAAUUGAUAGGAAAAGCAGGUUUCAAAAAGGACUUUAAAAUAUUUGAUGAAUUCUACUUUGAUUAUAGAGAAAAUGUACGAAUAGUAGAUUAACAAAGAUUAUUGAAAGAACACAUUAAGAAUGUGGAUUCUAUUUAAUAACAGAAACCUCGUUCAUUAGAUAAGAUAAUAUCUGAAGACAGUAGAUAGUCGAAAUUGCAAAAAAGAUUGGAGCAACAGACUUCUCUGAGAACAAGUCCACAGAAAGGAUCUACCUUAAUGACCAACAACUUUAUGCAAACAGGAGGAUUGAAAACAGAAAGUUCUGAUCUAACAUCAAGCAAGAGACGCAUCACUUGA